AUGGAAAGCGUCUCUACUGCACUCCCAGCACCAAGUGAUGUGGCACCGACGGGUUCCUUCGAGCAGGAUUCCCUGAAUCAGCAGAGAUCCCCCCAUCUCCCCAUGAAGCCCAAUCAAGUGGGCCAGGUCAUUCUGUACGGGGUGCCAAUCGUGUCCCUCAUCAUUGACAACCAGGAGAGGCUGUGCCUGGCUCAGAUCUCCAACACUCUGCUCAAAAACUACAGUUACAACGAAAUCCACAACCGGAGGGUGGCUUUGGGGAUCACCUGUGUGCAAUGUACUCCGGUGCAGUUGGAGAUACUGCGCAGGGCUGGCGCCAUGCCCAUCUCAUCGCGGAGAUGUGGCAUGAUCACCAAGCGGGAAGCCGAGAGACUUUGCAAGUCGUUUCUGGGCGAGAACAAGCCUCCGAAGCUGCCUGAUAACUUUGCUUUCGACGUCAGCCACGAAUGUGCCUGGGGGAGCCGGGGCAGCUUUAUACCAGCCCGUUACAACAGUUCAAGGGCAAAGUGCAUCAAGUGUACCUACUGCAGCAUGUACUUCUCUCCCAAUAAGUUCAUCUUCCACUCUCACCGCACUCCAGAGGCUAAGUACACUCAACCUGAUGCGGCCAACUUCAACUCCUGGAGGCGACACCUCAGGCUGACGGACAAGAAUCCUCCCCAGGACCUGACCUACGCCUGGGAAGAUGUCAAGGCCAUGUUUAACGGGGGCAGCCGGAAACGAGCCUUGCCCGGACACUGCGGCCCGCUCAGUUCCGUGAAGGCGGUGAACAGUGUGAUCAGCCACAUGAUGGGCCCGGAGCUCUCCCAGAAGAGAGCCCGGUUUGCUGAGGACGAGGAGGACGGAGGCAGCGCCUCCUCUCGGAAGAGCCUCCGCAGUUACCCGGUCAUCCCGGUGCCCAGCAAAGGCUUUGGGAUGCUGCAGAAAUUCCCGGCGGCCUCCCUGUUUCCCAACCCUUACACCUUCCCCGCCUUUGGGCUGUGUCAGAAAAAGGACGACGCCGACCCCCUGGCUGGGGAGCCGAAGCAGGCUGGACUAUCGGGCCUCCUGUGGCCCGGCAGAAAGGACACCUUCUACCCGCCCCUGUGUAUGUUCUGGCCCCCCAGGGCGGCCAAUGGCAUCCCGGUGCCAACCUACCUACAUCCCCAACCCAGUGCCAUCACAUCAGUGGGGGAGUCCCCGAGUUUAAGGCAGACUUUCCUGGAUGUGUCUGACCAAAGCGAAGCUGGUGGCUUGGCGGUAGCAGCUCCCAGAGACAGCCUGUUUGACAGGGACAGCCUCGGUGCUGCGGGAGGCCAGGAGCACCGGCUGCCCACGGAGGGCAGGCUCAAGCUCCUGGAGGUGUCUGCUUUCACAGCCCGGAAGCAGAGCUACCUCUCGGCCUUCAAGCCGGUGGUGAAGGACACCGAGAGCAUCGCCAAACUUCACGGCAACGCCGAGGACUUCAGCUCAGAGCGACACCCCUCCCCGGGCACCAGCUGCAGUUACCACAGCGACAGCGUGACCAGCGAGGAAGAGCAAGAGGUGGAUGUCGAGACCCACAAACUCCCGGCAGACGCUCAGGAAGAGGGGAUCCCUCUGGAGCAGUACACCCACAACAGCAGCAGCAGCAGCCGCCUGUCACAGGACACCGGGUUUACAGCGACUAAAGAGCCGGGUCACUUCUCUAGCUCCAAAAUGGAACCAAGUGUUGACAAGAGAGAGGGCAAGGAAGAUCCAAUCAUUGAUAAGGGACCCACUCCCUGCGAUCCAGUAUCAUUGGAGCAGCCCAAUUACAAAGACGGUCUUAAAAAUGGAACCAAAAAGCAUGCACUCUACCCUAAAAAAGACGAAGACAGUUUUUCCAUUGAAAUUAAACAGCAGGAUUGUUUCACGGAGGAAUCUGACAGCUCGGGGGUGGGGUUCUGGCGGGAACCUGGGGGUGACCAGACGCAAGAAUCAACACCACCACUUUCUAUCAAGACUGAUGUGGAAAAUAUGGAGAAAGAAGAACUUCAGAAAGUGUUAUUGGAGCAGAUUGACUUGAGGCGGAGAUUAGAACAGGAAUUUCAGGCGUUAAAGGGUAACGCUUCUUUCACUGUUGUCAAUAACUUCCAGGACCAGAUGAAGCGGGAGCUGGCCUACAGAGAGGAAAUGGUGCAGCAAUUACAGAUGGUGAGACAGAAUUUCUUACAUGCUUCCACUGCUUAUUAA